AUGGUCGAAAAGACACUUCAUGAGGCUUGGACAAAGUCGAAGCCAAAUGUGGGUCAUCUUAGAGCUUUUGGAUCAAUGUGCUUCAGACAUAUACCUGAACAAUUGAGAAAGAAGCUGGAUGAUCGAAGUGAAGUCAUGGUGCUCAUAGGUUAUCAUUCGACUGGUGCAUACAAGUUGUAUUCGCCAAACAAAGAUAAACUAGUGAUCAGUCGAGAAGUUCUUGUAGACGAAAGCAAAGGGAGGGACUGGAGUCGAAGUUCAGUUCGACAAGAAUCAGAUACAGUCACAACUGUGUUCGAAGAAGAUGAACAAAAUGAAGCUUCAACCAGUCAAAAUGAAAAGGAUGAUGCUUCAACCAGUCAAAAUGAAGAACCACCUGUGCAGAAUGAAAGAAGGUCAAUAAGAACAAGAACUGAGUCGACAAGGCUAGCUGGAUAUGAAAGAUUUCCAGAUCAAGCAAUUGAUGCAGAUGGUGAUUUAAUCGAAGAAGCCAUGAUGAUGGCUGAAGCAGAACCAAUUGACUUGAAUGAAGCCAUGAGUAAUUCGAAUUGGUGUGAAGCCAUGAAAGAAGAACUCAGAGGUAUUGAGAAGAACAAGACCUGGGAGCUUGUCGAAAGAACCAACAAGAAAUCAAUCGAUGUAAAGUGGAUUUAG